UAGUUGAUGCCACCAGUGACUCCAGACGCCCCGGGCGAGGGGACCCCACGAGGGACCGCGGCGGGAAAGGCCCGCCGCUGGGGCAGCCUCGCGAGGCAGGCGCUCGCAGGCGAGAGGGAGAGCCGAGGAGCGCCCGGCAGCCGCGCCACCAUGUGCGAGCUGUACAGCAAGCAGGACACCCUGGCGCUGAGGAGGAAGCACAUCGGGCCCUCAUGCAAAGUGUUCUUUGCUGCGGAUCCCAUCAAAAUAGUUCGAGCCCAGGGGCAGUACAUGUUUGACGAGAGAGGUGAACAGUACCUGGACUGCAUCAACAACGUGGCGCACGUGGGACACUGUCACCCGGAAGUGGUCACGGCUGCCCUGAAACAGAUGGAACUGCUAAACACAAAUUCUCGAUUCCUUCAUGACAAUAUUGUUGAGUAUGCCAGGCGCCUUUCAGCAACCCUGCCGGAGACGCUCUCUGUUUGCUAUUUUACAAACUCAGGAUCUGAAGCCAAUGACUUGGCCUUACGCUUGGCUCGGCAGUUCAGAGGCCACCAAGAUGUGAUCACUCUUGACCAUGCUUACCAUGGUCACCUAUCAUCUUUAAUUGAGAUCAGUCCAUACAAAUUCCGAAAGGGCAAAGAUGUCAAGAAAGAAUUUGUGCAUGUGGCACCAACUCCAGAUACUUACAGAGGAAAAUACAGAGAAGAUCAUGCAGACCCAGCCGGCGCUUAUGCAGAUGAAGUGAAGAAAAUUAUUGAAGAAGCUCAUAACAGUGGAAGGAAGAUUGCUGCCUUUAUUGCUGAAUCCAUGCAGAGUUGUGGCGGACAAAUAAUUCCUCCAGCAGGCUACUUCCAGAAAGUGGCAGAAUAUGUACACAGAGCAGGAGGUGUGUUUAUAGCUGAUGAAGUUCAGGUGGGCUUUGGCCGAGUUGGAAAACAUUUCUGGAGCUUCCAAAUGCAUGGUGAAGAUUUUGUUCCAGACAUUGUCACGAUGGGGAAACCAAUGGGCAAUGGCCACCCAAUGGCAUGCGUUGUAACAACCAAAGAAAUUGCAGAGGCCUUCAGCAGUUCUGGGAUGGAAUACUUCAAUACGUAUGGAGGAAAUCCAGUAUCUUCUGCUAUUGGUUUGGCUGUCCUGAAUGUAAUUGAAAGUGAAGACCUUCAAGGAAAUGCCACAAGAGUGGGGGAUUAUCUUACUGAAUUACUCAAUAAACAGAAGGCUAAACAUACUUUAAUAGGAGAUAUCAGGGGCAUCGGCCUGUUUAUCGGAAUUGACUUGGUGAAGGACCAGCAGAAAAGGACCCCCGCCACAGAUGAGGCUCAACAUGUCAUCUACAAGAUGAAAGAAAAGCAAGUGCUUCUCAGUGCCGACGGACCUCAUAGAAAUGUGCUUAAAAUAAAACCACCUAUGUGCUUCACUGAAGAAGAUGCCAAGUUUAUGGUGGACCAACUCGAUGAGAUUCUAACAGUUGUGGAAGAAGCCAUCGGAGCCAAAAGUGAGAGUGUGACCUCUGAGAAUACUCUGUGCAGAACAAAGAUGCCUAACGAAGCACACUCGGAAUUGCUCAGUGAAGGCACCUCGGAUCCCAGAGAAAAUCCCAGCCGAAAGAGAAAUGGAUUGUGCACAGAUAAGCACUCGCUGCUCAGUAAGAGGCUCAAGACAUGAGAGAUUAACAUUUUAAAGCAGGAUAAAUAUCCAGGGUUAUAGAGAAUGAAUGGAAGUGUCUCUUCGGUUAGUACCUGUGUUGUACCCUCUAACAGUAGAAUUUGCAUUUCAUUUAGAUGUGUAAAUAAAAAGGUAACAGAGUGAAAAGAAUAAGCCGAGUGAAAGCCAAACCAUGUCAAGAUUAUUAGUUCAGUCUCUAGCCUGUUAAUUCCCUACUUGCGAUUUCUGAAAGUACUUUAUUUAUUCUACUAAACUUAUGAUUCAAACUGAAUAUUAAGUUGGCAGUUUUACUUCUCAUGUGUUAAUGUUUGAAAUGAGAGAGCAAAGUACAAUAGGUUCCUUAACUUUAGAGACGUAGUGCCUUAAAAUAUGAAUGAACCAUUCUUUAUUGAUUUAAUUUAUAUAUAUUUUGGGGCUAUAAUCAAAGAUGAUGUAAACAAAACAUUUUUACUAGAAAAGCGUACCCUUGUUUUGCACAGAACACUAGGGGUGGUAAAAAUCAAAGCCAUUUGGAAAAAAUCACAUACAGCAAAUGUUAAGAAGCAAAUGGAUAAAUCAGGGGCACUUGGGUGGCUUAGUUGGGUAAGCAUCCAACUCUUGGUUUCAGCUCAGGU